AUGCAACAUGAUUUGAACCCCUUUUCAGAUGUGAUGAUGGCUCAGAUGCACAAGUUCACAGAACAGGAAUGCAGCUGUUCUGAAGGUAACAAGUGGUGGCGGCUUGUGGCCCUGAAGCUCCCUUAUCCACAGGGGCAAGCGCAUGUGGUCCUGCUGGGAGAACCAGCCGCCGGUGCCCGGCACGGCUUCUUGCUGCACGACCCCCGCGCGGGUCCCGACACGCGGGGCGCGCUCCUCCAGGUGCUCGGAGCCUGCCCGGAGCCCGCGCGCCCGAACCUCGGCGAGUUCGAGGCGGACGCGAGCGGCGAGCUGUGGCUACGGCUCUGGGAGCUGAACGGGGACGCGCAGCGGCAGGUGAGCUGCGCACGCGUGGUGCCGGUCCCAGCGCCUCCAGUGCACCCCGUGGUACUGGACCUGCCGAGUUCCGCGGUCUUCCCUGACCGGGAUGCAGCCCGGGCUGUCCUGGAGGAGUGCACACCUUUUAUUCCGGAAGCCCAGGCGGUGCUCAACCUGGUUGAUCAGUGUCCAAAGCAGCUGCGGAAAGGACAGUUCCCGGUCAUCGUUAUCGAGGGACUGGAUGCCACUGGUAAGACCACAGUGACGCGGUCCAUUUCAGAGGCGCUUGGGGCGGUGCUCUUGCAGUCACCCCCCUCUUGCAUUGGCCACUGGAGGAAAAUCUUCGAUGAUGAACCAAAUAUCAUUAGAAGAGCUUUUUACUCUCUGGGCAAUUACAUUGUGGCUUCUGAAAUAGCUGAAGCAUCCACCAGAUCUCCUGUGAUUGUAGACAGGUACUGGCACAGUACGGCCACCUAUGCCAUUGCCACCGAGGUGAGUGGGGGUCUGCAGCAUCUACCCCCAGCCCACGACCCCGUGUACCAGUGGCCUCAGGACCUUCUCAGGCCCGACCUAGUGGUGCUGCUCACCGUGAGUCCUGAGGAGAGGGUGAAGCGGCUGCAAGGCCGGGGCCUGGAGAAGACCAGGGAGGAGGCCGAGCUAGAGGCCAACAGCAUCUUUCGUCAGAAGUAGGUGUCCCUGGAGUUCCCUCAGGCUUCCAGGUGCAGUGAAGGCCAGAGGUGGGUUUGAGGCUUCCACAUUAGCCUCCCCAUUCCAGGCUUCAUUUGGAGACCUGCUGAGCUCCCGAUAGGUGGGCUGGCCCACACAACC